AUGGGCGAAGUUAACAGCAUGAAGACACCUCCGCUUCCAUCGCCGGCCGAGGCUCCUUCGCCUGUCGCCGCGCCCCAAUCCCAUUGUCGACCCUCCUUGCAGUCCACCAAUUCUAUUUCUGUCCAUGAUGUUCAAUAUGCAGUUGAUGGCAAUGCGACGUUGGAGCAAAGUACAUGGAAUGCUAACUCUCAUUCUUCUUCUAUAUCGCACGAACAGGCUGCGACCGUAUGCCACAUUCCGUCGCCUCCGCCUCCGAGAAAAGAAAGCCCUGAAGCGGGAAAAGGAACUCAGGAGGAUCAAGGGCGCAGUCUGCAGACCCUCAAGGAACUUCGGAGGCAGAUGGAAGAACUACUGGUCUACCAGCAGAUGCAACAGUCCCACACCCAAUCCUCGGCCGCGCGAGAGACGACUUCUGCAUCGCCACCCGAUCCCGCCGCACCUUCGAGUACAACGGAGUCGACCACCAGAAAGCGGCCCCUCAAUGUGUCAUUUGCGAAAACCCUAUCCACCGCGGGAGCAUUGCCUUCUGCUGCAUACUCCGACUCCACGGGCUCAGGUGGCACAAUUAGAGCCAUGGAUUCCAACCCCUCUCCCGACCACCUCCCCGGACCAACUCCGUCCUACCCUUUCCCGAGAAUGGAGUCGCAGUAUCCGCCGAGAUCAGCACGAGACUCCGCGUUCAAUCACAACGGCUUCAAGUUGACUCUGCCGGCAGACAAAAUGAAGGCCCGAAUCGCAUCCUCCGACAACCCGGACGACCAGCACUUCGCCGCGGCGAAUGUCCCGGGCGUUUUCUUACCGCCUCAUUACAAGCCUGCGCCCGAGGAUCCCGCCUACCCCAGUCCCAACCUGUACGAACUUACGCUGCAACUGAACUCAGAUCCCGGGCUAGAUGCGUGGUGGGCCAACGUGGUCCAAAUUCUGCGGACACACUACGGAGCGGAGAGAGCCUCACUGGCCGUACCGGGCGAUGCAACCGAUCUGGAGAAUGUUCCGUGGGGCCAAAAAGCAAUCUUUGAUCCCGACGCCGUACCUACAGAUGCAGAAGAUCUGCGAGCCGAACAAUUGCCCGUGGAACCCACCUUGAGCGCCAGUGACGCGUCCAAAGACUCAAAUGAAGGAACAUCGAAGAAGAAGGGCUUGGUCGCAGAAGCUCUUCUAAAAGGAUCGAGGCCUACGCAUUCACCGAAGCGACCGUCACUGUUGUCGCGGCACUCUUUCGCAGGCUUUGGGAAGGAACGAGGCGAAGGCAUCAGUGGCCCACCACAGACGGAGGACAAGAAAGUAGAUACUGAGACUGAGACUCCGACGAACGUCCCGGGCCCGUCAUUCGGCUUGUCGAAUCCUCGCCAAGCCGUUUUCCCCGUCCCCCGACCGCUUGAAGUCGAGUCCGACCCGCUCAUCAAGAGGACCGGAGUAGUGAAGCUAUUCGGGCGCACCGAUCCUGUUGUACUCACAAGAGAAUAUUCAGAGGGACUCGCUCAUCAGCCAAGUCAAGGAGAGUCUCUGGAGACCCGGGAAGAUAAGCCUCAGGCCACCCCAACUGUUGAACCCGCAUUCAAACAGUCGUCCACCGCUCGCGCGCGAGCAGUGUCCAACCCCGGUCUAUUCAAGUCUCGGGUAACCCCGUCCAUGGAAUUGUUCGAUGAGUAUGAACAGGUGCCACCGUCUCCUUGGUCUCAAUCCCCAGCGCCGUCGCCCGCACCCCGCUCCCAUGCGGAGCAAAAUCCAUUUUUCGUCAAUCACGCCGUCGACGAGAGUGCAUUCGCCAAGAACCCUCCCCCUCACGAUUAUUCCAACUUGGGUCCACUGGAGGCCAUUGGUGUUGACCUGGCCAAGUCGGUCGUUCACAUUCCGCUGCUGCACGUCGGUCGCGCCAAGGACCCUUCGCCAUCCACCUUGCGGUUCCCGGUCGCUGUGAUCUCAAUAUUGUCUCCCGUCAUUCCUUACCCCACAAAUUUACGAAGAUCCUUGUCAUAUCUCAUGCCCCACCUCACCACUUCAUUCUGCCUCGCCCAGCACUACAGCCAGCUUGAGCGUCAAGUCACCUCUCGGCUUGAGCCUCCCCGCUAUGGCCAGCUCCUUGGGCUCGGUGGCACUUUCUCUGAUGAGAGCAGUGAGCUUGAACUGGUAGCGGGUCUCAGUGGCCAUGUGAGUUAUACAAUCGCGGACGAUGGAUCAUUGUCAGCGCGAGCGAGUAUUUCCAGCCCAGAGGAUAGGUCGACUUCAACAAAGCUCAGCCCUUCGCUAUCCAAUCUUGGUACGCCCGGGGUGGAUCUUGGUAUUAUCGCCUCCGGGGAUAGCAACUUUUGUGAAUCGCCGGGGGCGGUGCCUAAGCUGGGCGCCGAUAACCCAGAUGGCUACUUUAACGUUCAUCAGUCGAAGAGUUUUCGCGAUGCGAUCAGUCAGCAUCGCAACCGAUUGACCAAGAUGAGACAAAACAUGGCAUCCUCGACUCCCACAUCACCUGGGAGACUGGUGAACAAGUCUUGUGACGAAGAGGCCGCUCCGCAAGCUCAAAGUCCAGGGGUCGUAUCUCCUUUGCAAGAUACGAAGGGGUCGCAAGUUGUAUCGCCGACGCAGACUGCCUCCCGCCACCCCUCAACGAACUCAUUCUACGCCCAUUUGCAACGCGACCUGCCCCGACCGUUCUCCGAUACUGUGGCGCAGCUCAUGCUCAACUCGGUGCCUCUACAUCUCUUCCUCGCGAGACCUCAGAGUGGAGAAGUGAUUUGGACCAACUCCAAAUUCGAUGCCUACAGGCGGAGUCAGCCUCAAGAGCAGAAAUUGCGAGAUGUUUGGCAGAAUAUUCAUAGCAGCGAAAGAGAGCACAUGUCACAGGAAUGGGCAAACGCACUACGUACAGGGUCACAAUUUACGGAACGAGUGCGGGUUAAACGCUUCAAUGACGAGUCGGCAUAUCGUUGGUUCAUUUUCCGCGCCAACCCCUUACUGUCUUCCACCGGGGAGGUGCUUUACUGGAUUGGAUCGUUCCUCGACAUACACGAGCAACAUACUGCUGAGUUGAAAGCUGCCCAGGAGAGAGAGAAAUUCGCGACUGACGCCAAGUAUCGGGCGUUCUCUAAUUCCAUCCCUCAGAUUGUCUUUGAGGCAACCGAAUAUAGGGGCCUCAUUUUCGUCAACGAGCAAUGGCAUCUGUAUACGGGCCAGAAGCUUGAGGAAGCGCUGAACUUUGGCUUUGCCAAGCACGUCCACACCGAUGAUCUCGAAAAAUGUGGCCUUCUUUCUCUCUACCUUGCCGAGCCACAAAGGAUUGAGUCCACCACAGGAUCUGAGGAGAGUGCAGUGGAAGCUUUGCGCCAGGCGGUGGCACAAGAUAACCAAUUUGGUCAAGGCGUUACCCCCGCACUCGAAGAACUCGUGAGGCGCGGGGUCGCUUCCGUGCAAAGAGAUGAGAAUGGUCGUGUCUUCUACUCUACAGAAAUAAGACUACGCUCUAGAGGAGGUGAUUUCAGGUGGCAUCUUGUUCGCCUGGUCUGUGUCGAGACGAGCAGCUUUGGAACCGGAGAAGGAGAAGCUUCAUGGUACGGCACAUGCACGGAUAUCAAUGACCGCAAGAAUCUCGAACGCGAACUCAACAAAGCCAUGCAACAACUCAAUAAUCAAAUGGAAUCAAAGACGAAGUUCUUCAGCAACAUGUCUCACGAAAUCCGGACUCCGCUGAACGGAAUUUUAGGCACCAUUCCAUUCAUUCUCGACACCCAGCUUGAUACCGAUCAGAGACGUAUGCUUGACACCAUUCAGAAUAGCUCAACCAACCUGCGAGAGCUGGUCGAUAAUAUCCUAGAUGUGUCCAGGGUGGAAGCCGGGAAGAUGACAAUGGUGAACUCAUGGUUCCAUGUACGCUCUGUGAUUGAGGAUGUCAUUGAUACCGUCUCAUCGAGAGCGAUCGAUAAGGGCCUUGAAAUCAACUACUUGAUGGAUGCAAAUGUUCCGCAAAUGGUCAUAGGAGACAGGUUCCGUAUACGACAGGUCCUCAUCAAUCUCGUUGGCAACGCAGUCAAGUUCACAGCUCAGGGUGAGAUCCAUAUAUGCUGCUCCAUCUAUGAUGGAAUCCCGGCCUCGUCCAAGUCCACGGAAUUGUUAUUGAACUUUGACGUUGUGGAUACUGGUAAAGGCUUCAGCGUCAGAGAUGCAGAGCGAUUGAUGCAGCGAUUUAGUCAACUGGGACAGAACGGCUCCCAGCAGCAUGCGGGUAGCGGGCUGGGACUAUUCUUGUCCAAACAGCUUGUUGAAAUGCAUGGUGGCAAGUUGACGCCCACCAGUAAGGAAGGACAAGGGGCCAAGUUUUCCUUCUAUGUCAAAGUCGACGCGCCGCCGCCGCCAACCUCUGACGAGCCACGACUGGUUCGCCAAUCAUCUAGCACUUCUGAUGUGUUCCUUGAGCAUCUUAAGCCUGGCCCACUGCAAAAGAUGCUGUUCAGAAAGGACUCCAUGGAUAGCAGAGGUCCUGAUGCAGCUGAUUUCUCUUCGACUCUUGAAAACUCAGUCGCUCAAUCCAUGGCGGGCGAGCCCCCUGUACGCUUUCCUUCAAUGAACUUCUCUGAGAGGUCUUCUAUCUCUUCUGCCCUUCCGACCCCAGACCCUUAUACUGUGGAUCCGUUGGCUAGGCUUGACAACUCCAAAUCUGCCUUCUCGAACGGGGAGAUUUCGCAGCCAACGGCACAAUCCUCCUCGCCUUCGCAGGAGUCAUUCGCUUCGACCAAACUCACAGAGUACACCGGAUCGGACGUGCAGCCUCUUCCCAGCUCUUAUUCAAUUCUUAUUCUUUGUCCCUUGGACAAUACUCGUCAAGCUAUCAAGCAACAUAUCGAGCAGGUGGUCCCUCUGGAGAUACCUUUCUCUAUCACUUCCACACCCGAUGUGGAAGACUGGAGGGACUCUGUUAGCGAUGUCACGAAGCUGACUCAUCUGGUCCUGAACCUGCCCAACGUGGAUGACGUUUUGGAUAUGAUGCAUUACGUCUCAGAGUGUGAGCCAGAGACUACACCAAGUCUGGUCAUUAUCUCGGAUUUGUAUCAAAAGCGACAAAUCAAUGCUAGAAUCAAGGAAUUGGCAUCCAGCGGGAAACGCAUAUACACUGUUCCGAAGCCGGUGAAGCCGUCGGCCUUUUCUUCGAUCUUUGAUCCUGACAACCGACGCGACCUGAGCAAGGACAGAAACCAAGAUAUGGCUCGCGAGAUCAAUAACAAUUUCAAGACCAUGUCAAAGAUGGUGAAAGAAGUGAUUGGGAACAAGGGGUAUCGCGUAUUGCUUGUUGAAGACGACGAUACAAACCGCAUGGUGAUGAUGAAAUACCUCGAUAAGAUCAAGGUCAUGGCGGAGACAGCAACCAAUGGCCAAGAGUGCACGGAGAUGGUGUUUUCCAAGGAACCGGGAUACUACUCCCUAAUUAUUUGCGACAUUCAAAUGCCCAUCAAGAACGGCUACGAGACGUGUCGUGACAUCCGUGCUUGGGAAUCCAAAAACCACUACCCACAAAUCCCGAUCAUGGCUCUUUCCGCGAAUGCAAUGACAGACCAGAUCGAGGAUGCCGCUCGUGCUGGUUUCAAUGACUAUGUCACCAAACCCAUCAGACACAAUGAACUCGGCAAGAUGAUGAUGGGACUCCUUGACCCAAAUCGACCUUUGCUUCUUCUCCGGGACCGCCUCAAGUCCGAGAACGCGGAGAAAAUCCGUUCAGAGUAG